CUCUCUCUCUCUCUCUCUCUCUCUCUCUCUCUCUCUCUCUCUCACAACCGAGAUCCGAAGCUAUGACAGACGGUCACUCGUUCAACAAUAUCUCUCUUGGAGGCCGUGGGGGCACUAAUCAAGGGCAAAUUAGGGUUCAUUCCGAAGGUAUACUGUGGAAGAAAAUUGGGGGCGGUAAGGCCGUUGAAGUGGAUAAGUCUGAUGUACUGAGCCUUACCUGGAUGAAGGUUCCCCGGACUAAUCAGCUUGGAUUUCGGAUUAAGGAUGGUCUGUACUACAAAUUCACUGGUUUCCGUGACCAGGACGUCACUAGUCUGACCAAUUUUUUCCAGAAUUCUUGGGGGAUAACGCCGGAAGAGAAGCAGCUUUCUGUUAGUGGAAAAAAUUGGGGAGAAGUUGAUUUAAAUGGAAAUAUGCUUACUUUUCUUGUUGGUUCCAAGCAAGCGUUUGAGGUAUCUUUAGCAGAUGUCUCCCAAACACAACUUCAGGGAAAAAAUGAUGUCAUGUUGGAGUUCCACGUGGAUGAUACAACUGGGGCCAAUGAGAAAGAUUCGCUGAUGGAAAUCAGUUUUCACAUACCUAACUCGAACACUCAGUUUGUUGGUGAUGAAAGUCAUCCUCCUGCACAGGUCUUCCGUGACAAAAUCAUGUCAAUGGCAGAUGUUGGAGCAGGAGGUGAAGAUGCUGUUGUUACUUUUGAGGGGAUUGCGAUACUUACUCCAAGGGGCCGAUACAAUGUAGAGCUUCAUCUUUCAUUUCUGCGACUCCAAGGGCAAGCCAACGAUUUCAAAAUUCAGUACAGCAGUGUUGUUCGUCUCUUUUUACUGCCCAAGUCUAAUCAGCCACAUACCUUUGUUGUUGUUACUCUUGAUCCUCCAAUCCGUAAAGGCCAAACUUUGUACCCACAUAUAGUAUUGCAGUUUGAAACAGAUUAUGUUGUAGAAAGCACCGUGUCAAUGAAUGAAGAUCUUUUCAAUGCCAAGUACAAAGACAAGUUAGAACCAACAUAUAAGGGACUCAUUCAUGAAGUAUUUACAUUGAUAUUGCGUGCCUUGUCUGGUGCCAAAGUCACUAGACCAGGAAAGUUCCGUAGCUGUCAGGAUGGUUAUGCUGUGAAGUCAUCAUUGAAAGCUGAAGAUGGACUCCUUUAUCCGCUUGAAAAAAGCUUUUUCUUUUUACCCAAACCUCCAACCCUUAUUCUUCAUGAGGAGAUCGACUAUAUGGAGUUUGAGAGGCAUGCUGCUGGAGGAUCAAACAUGCAUUACUUUGAUCUUCUGAUAAGACUAAAGACUGAACAAGAACAUCUCUUUAGGAACAUUCAGAGAAAUGAAUAUCAUAAUCUUUUUGACUUCAUCAAUUCAAAGGGUUUGAAAAUUAUGAAUCUGGGAGAUAUCCGAACUGCAGAUGGUGUUGCGGCUGUUUUGCAGAGCGAUGAUGAUGAUGCUGUCGAUCCACAUCUUGAGCGGAUUAGAAAUGAAACUGGUGGGGAUGAGAGCGAUGAGGAGGACGAAGAUUUUGUUAUUGACAAAGAUGAUGGAGGCUCUCCUACUGAUGAUUCUGGGGAAGGAGAAUCUGAUGCUAGUGAAAAUGGAGAAGAGAAAGGGAUACCCGCUAAAAUGAAACUUAAGAAAGAAUCUUCAGCUGCAAAGGCAUCUUCUAGUAGGAAAAAAACCAAAGAUGGGGAUGAGGACGGUACAAAGAAGAAGAAACAGAAGAAGAAAAAGGAUCCAAAUGCACCAAAGAGAGCAAUGAGUGCUUUCAUGUACUUCUCGCAGGCUGAAAGGGAGAAUGUGAGGAAAAAUAGUCCUGGAAUUUCAUUCACGGAGAUGGGAAGAGUUCUUGGAGACCAAUGGAAUAAGUUGUCAGCUGAGGAGAAGGAACCAUAUGAAGCAAAGGCUCGUGCAGACAAGAAACGAUAUGAAAGUGAAAGCAGCAGCUACAAGAACCCACAACCCAGAAAUACAGAUUCAGGAAACGAAUCUGACAGUGCAUAGGUUUAAUGGUAGUUAUGUGGCAUCUAACCAGAGAGGUUCUAUGAUCCAGAAUCCCAGAUUAUAGAUUUCUAGGGCAAAUGAUGUCCAACCUCUCUCUUUGGCUUGGAAGUUAGAACUCUACGUUGCUGGCUACACUUCUAAAUUGUAGUGUACUUUCGUUUGUUUAUAUUAUUAUUUUUGACACAUCUAAGAAUGAGAAAAUCCAUUUAGUUUAAAACAAAAGAAUAAACAUAUACAUACACACAUCAUUAAUGUGGCACUCGUUGCCUUCUCUUUAUAUUGCCUAA